AUGACAGCUUUGCUUGAUGGUAGUAUUGAUAAUGGUGAAAAAAGUAAUGAUGAAGUAAAAUUUGAUUGUGUUUUUGAAAAAUUAAAUUCUACUGUAGGUAGAAAAAUGGUUAGGUGUAAGGUAUGCUAUCAACACCAGCAAACAGUGCUAUUAAAUUGUAAGCAAAAAAAUCAUAUUCCACCUAUUUGCACUGAAUUUGGAACAUUUCCUCGCAAGGAACUUAUGGCAAAACAUCUAAAAUCCAAUGAACAUACUGAAUGUUUAAAAGUUGAACGUUUGUCUAAAUUAUCAGAAGCUGAAUUACAAAUCACUGCACGCAUAAACAAAUAUAUAUCUCAACAAAAUAAAGAACUGGCAGCAAAAAUUGCACAAUAUAUGUGUACCAUAUUUAAUGAUUCCAAAMGUGGAACAUUAAGCGCCUGGUCAUGGCCAUCAAGAGAAGUAGUAGCUUUAAAGAGAGAACGAUUAAAAAUAAGUGAAGAGUUUCAUACAUUUAUACCAAAAGAAGGAGACUUACAAUAUAUAAACCCUACAAGUUAUCGUGAUUUUUCCAAAUGCAUAGUUGAAGCUGAUAUUUAUAAUUUUAAAGAAAAGCUAAGGAAAUGUCUAGCAAUUUCAUUAAGGGUUGAUGGUUCUGUAGAUAGAACUCAAAUAGAUAAUAUUCAUAUUUUAGCAAAGGUUAUUACAGAAAAUGGUGAAAUUGAGCUUGUAUUUAUUGGAUUUAAAGAACCAAAUCAAAGGGGAGCACAAGGUCAUUUUAAUGCAAUCAAGUCUGCAAUUAAUGAAUUAUUUGACUGGGAAGAGAUGUUGAAUAUGAUAUCCUCUUUAGUGACUGACGGUGCAAGUGUUAAUGUUGGACAAAAAUCAGGACUAUGGGCAUUAUUUGAGGAAAAUAGAAAAGAAAAAUCUGUAAAGCUUCCUCUUUUAAAAAUGUGGUGCGCAGUUCAUCGUUCAGCUUUGGCUUGGGAGUCACUUACUACUAAUGUGAUAGAAUUGUAUAACAUUAUACAACUUUGUUCCUCAAUUUCAACAUACUUUCACCAAUCUGGUGUUAGGACAAAAGAACUUAAAAAAAUUGCUGAAGAAGAAAAUGUUACAGUUAAACAUCUUCCAAAAUAUUUUGAAAUUCGCUGGACUGAAUUCACAUAUGAUUUAAUAGUUAAAAAAGAUGCCAAAGCUGAUGGUUUUUAUAGAAUGCUGACUAACCUAAAUACUUUAAAAUUAUUGUGCUUUAUAACAGACCUCGGUUACCUUUACUCAAGAUUUCAAAAACAGAUCCAGUCUGAUGAUAUUUUAAUAUUUGACAUCGAAGAAAGAAGAAAUAUUUUAGUAAAAAGUAUUGAAAACCUUCGUUUGUCUACAUUUCCUGGUGGCUGGGAAGACUUGUUAAAAAAUAAGUGUUUCACCGCAAUUCGCCAUGAUACAAUUGAACAUAUCUUAACAUACUUUAAUGAUCGUUUGGAUACCUCAAAUUGGUCCAUAUUGAAACCAUUGGCUAAAUUGAAUGAUUCAGUUACUGAUGCAGAGUUGAAAAAUUGCCACAAAAUUAUUUGUCCAGAUUAUGAAUUAAAUGAAUUUGUUGCAUCAUAUCGCGAAGCUAGUGGCAUUGAGACUAUACAAAAUCAAACAAUUUCUGAAAUGCUUUUGAAAAAAUUAUUGAAAAACACUGCAUGGAAGUCACUUAGCGUUUCAGUGGCUCGUAUAAUCACUGCAAAGCCUCAUUCAGCAGAUGUUGAAAGACUGAUUUCAUAUUAUAAUAUUAUGAAAACUUCUAAAAGAAGCUCAUUGUCUCCAGAUGUUUUAAAUAAUGCACUUUAUAUUAAAUUUAAUAUGAGUACUGUGAGCCAAUUUAAUCCAUUACCUGCUGUAAUUCAAUGGUUAAAACAAAGAAAUAGACACUCUAAAAUACAUCCAAAAGCAACUUUACAAGAAUAUUUUGAAGGAGUAUUUGAUAAAAGCAAAUCUAUAAAAAAAACAAAUUUACUAGAUAAUAAAGUGUCGUUUUAA